AUGAAGACGUCAGACGCAGCGAAAGAAUUGGCUGAAGAAGCCAGAGAUUAUUGGAUAAUCACACCGGAACCUGGAUAUGUCGUCAAAACAGCGGUAAGUUAAUAUAAAACCUUUUUGGAAUUCUUGUUUUAGUGUCGAAACGUCGGAUCAGAGCCUCAUCCCUCCAAAUUAUUCGUCAAUAUCUGCCAUUCGACUAAAAUUCCGCCGCCGAUGGAUGGACAAUGGGAUGAAGAAGAUAUGCUGAGGAAAUUGGAGACGAAUCCCGAUGAUAUUAAUAUUCCCACGUGCGUUGGGGUGCUGGAGGCCACCAAGGAUCUUAAAGGAGAGCCUGCUCGAAAGGUGAGAUCAGUUUGACUUAUUUUUUCUUCGAUUUUUAGGAAAUUCCUUGAUGUUGUAGUAGAUGAUGGGAAAUUGAUUGUAAGCUCCGGUUAUCUUGAUCAAUCCUUUUUAAAUUUCAAGCAUAGCAAGAUAAUGCUGUAAACUCGGUUUGCUGUAAAUUUUAUCUCGUUCGAUUCCUUCCUUCAAAAGUUAUAAGCGCUUUUCUAACCUAUAUCAAUAUUCAGGUGGAUGUUGUGGUAAACAGUAUUUUCUACAAGAAAUACGUGGACAAAUCCGAAUUCUAUCGACAACUUCUCUUCAUGGUGGUGUGCUCUUCGAUUGAACGACAACACAACCUAAUAAUUGAAGUGAAAACACACAAAACUUUGAGGAAAAAUACACAUUGGGGAGAGAUAAGCCAACAACGAAUCAGGAAAUCGCCCGCCGAAUGUUUGAUUAAAGAAGACCACUCGAGCAAGUGUGUAGACGCUGUAAGUCACUCUUUUGUGAGUUUGUAUUCGGAUUUUAGGAAGAUUUGGAGCCAUCUCCAGCGAUUUCUGGCCAGAAAUUCACAGCGACACUAGUGGCUGGAAGGAUCGUCGAGAUUGUGGUCCAAGUCCAAGACGAGGCCAAAAAGUCAGUCAAAGAAGCUGGUCGGCUACGAUGCAAAUUGAAUGAGGAUCGAGUCGUUGUGAUCCUCGACAAUAAACGAUCAAUUCUCGACAUUUUCCUCCCAUAUCAUCUAAAUUUCAACGAAUCUGAUGUGGAAUUUGACUGUAAAACCUCAAAACUGUAUAUUAGAUGCCCAAUUAUAUGGUAAAUAUUGUUGACAGAGUUGUAUUCUGAUAAAUUGUUAAGUUUUCCAUCGAAAAAACUUUUAAAAUACCGAAAGAAUUAAGAUUUUUAUAUCUCAUGUCAAGUGUAAUAUAAAAUAUGUCAAGAAAUGGAGUUUAAAUAUUAAAUUAACAAAUGAGCUGCAUUCUAAUUGCUUUUAGAAGCUUUAAUGUUGUUAAUGAUUACCAUUUUUUGUUAAAUUUUGAUUCUGUGAUGAAAUUUUUCGCUGUCUUUGUUAUUUUUAUAUUGGAAUUUGCGCAUUCUCAAGUGAGUAAUGGGGUUUUUAAUAGGCAAAUACUAUUGUAAUUGCCGUUGGAGGCUAUAAAUUUUUUUAUUUAUUAGUUUCCUCGAAUUUUGGCUGAUUUAUCCCUAAAAUAAGGUAAAAACUCGAACCAAUCACAAUUUUUGCAGCCUAUUUUAGGAUGACUGGAUUGAAAAGAGAUCUGAGUUCAUGGAAAUGGGGAUUGACACCAAUUUUCGGCCCUGUGACGACUUUGAAAGAUUCGCUACAAACGGAUUUACAACCGAUUUCUUCGCAAAGUGGAGGACGGACAGAGCUAAACGGAUUUUAUCAGCGCAACCCGCGGCUCAAGAGGUCCGUUUUUGACGGAACUUGGCAAAAAUUUGGAGUAGAAUCACCAAAAGCUUUGAUUAUGAUCCAUCACGGUAAAUAUUUGGCUGCUUUAUGAGUUGAAAUGACUAAAGUUCUGGGCUAAAAAUCUCAGAAAUGGCUGGGCAAAAGGUUUGAAUUGAUAGGCAAAUCGCCCAAAUACAGUGACGGACCUGAUCCAGUGGCAAAAAACGUGCCAUUUUGCUUCCGGGAAGUAUCAAAAAAAUGCAUCAAAAUACCUCCCUCUCCAAGUGAAAAAACUCCGGUUUCAAAAGCAAAAGCCCACCCUUUUUGUGAUUUUUUGAAAUCGGAGUUUUUUCAUUUGGAGAUGGAGACAUUUUGCUGCGUUUUUGAUGCUUCCUGGAUGCAAAAUGUUACGUUCUUUGCCGCUGGAUCAGGUCCGCCACUGUAUUUGGACGAUUUGGCUACCAAUCCAACCUUCUGACUAGCCAUUCAUGACAUUUUUAGGCCAAAACUUUAGCUAUUUCAACUCUUAGAUUAGCCAACUACAGUGAUGAGCCUGAUCCAGUGGCACAAAACGUACCAUUUUGCAUCCGGGACGUAUCAAAAAAUGUAGCAAAAUGCCUCCCUCUCCAAGUGAAAAAACUCCGACUUUUUCAAAGGGCUCUUUUUGUGAGAGAAAUUUGAAGGCGCCCUUCAAAACGGAGCUUUUUUCACUUGGAGAGGGAAGCAUUUUGCUGCAUUUUUUGAUACUUCCCGGAUUCAAAAUGGUACGUUUUCUGCCACUGGGUCAGGUCCGUCACUGUGUUUACCAUAAUGAGUUAUAAUCAAAGUUUUUUGGUAAUUCUAAUCCCAAUUUUUCACCCAUGUUUCCUCAGAAACAAACACUGCUUCAAAUUCCCGCAUUUUAGCCGCCAGUCCUUCAAAAAGUCCGUAGGGCAUAUUCGAACUGUCUGGCCGACCGAUCCAUCCUCCAAAUCGACCGCACGUUUUAUCCCGGCGCUACAACUGAAGAAUCAUUGCAGCGAACUCAACAACUGAUCGAUUAUAUCGCAAGAAAUCAAUUCGAAGACAACACCGGCUUCAAAGAAGCCUAUCAAAAAGUCCUCAACACUUUGUGGAAAUUUGGCUCUAAUUUUUUGAGCGAGAAACAUUUCGGUCGACAAAUUGCAGUACCCAAGCCGGAAAACGUGACUUUCGGCGAAACGGACACCUGCAAUUCCGUCUUUGCGAACGACAAAACGCAAUGUGUAAACAUGAUGAGCUACACAUUUGAUGUGAUGUUUGGGAGCGAAAAAAAUGCGAGGAUCUAUUUCCCGCAGGAUGUAAGUUUUCAAGAGGAAUUUUGAGAUAACUUGGGGGUAAAAUACGGUGGGUUCUAACUUGUUUAGCUUUUAACAUACAGUGACGGACCUGAUCCAGUGGCGAAAACGUACCAUUUUGCAUCCGGGAAGUAUUAAAAAUGUGGCAAAAUGCCUCCUUCUCCAACUAAAAAAAUGCGUUUUGAAGGGCGCCUUCAAAUUUCUCUCACAAAAAGAGUGGGAGCGCUUUUGAAAAAUCGGAGUUUUUUCACUUGAAGAGGGAGGUAUUUUACCACAUUUUUUGAUAUAGUGAGGGACCUGAUCCAAUGGCAUAAAACGUCUCCUUUUGCAUCCCGGAAGGGAUCAAAAUGACUCCAAACCAUUCCCUUCUCUAAGCUAAAAAACUCCGCUUUGAAAAGCGCGCCCUUUCCUUCAAGGCGAACUCUUCAAAUCGGGGUUUUUUUAGCUUAGAGAAGGGAAGGGUUUGGAGACAUUUUGGUCCCUUCCGGGAUGCAAAAUGAGACGUUUUUUGCCAUUGGAUCCGGUCCCUAACUGUACUUCCCGGAUGCAAAAUGGAACGUUUUUUCCACUGGAUAAGGUCCGUCACUGUAUGUUAAAAGAUAUACGAAUUAGAACCCAUCGUAUUUUACCCCCAAAUUACAUCGAAAUUCCUCUUGAAACAAUAUAAGUUUUACCAAUUUUUAGAGGAUAUCCCGUCGACAACUUAUGGAUUACUUCCUAUUCCUCUUCAAAUCACCCAAAAAUCCGGGGUUUUUUGCAAAUUGCGAGGAAAUGACCCUCGAAAUCUUUCCGAUGUACUACAAAAAACUUCUGUUUGACGAAAUGGAGGCUCACGAAGGCUUCGCCAAAAUGAACACUCAACUUUUCCAAUACCUAACCACGAUUGUUCAGCAAUAUUCGAGUACCACAAGGUACUUGAAUAUAACAGAAGAAGCGAAAAAUAAGACGUAUGAGUACUUGAAAGAUUACCUCAAAUUCGAGCCAAUUGGUCAUCCGAUUUUUGAGAAUUCGAAUUUCGAAAAAUAUUUCGGACAAUUGGCCCUGUCCGAUAAUCCGGAUCUAAACGAACUUUCGAAGCUGUGGAAGUCGAGAAAUGUCAACAAUCUCAAGCCGAUUAUCCAAUUUAACAUCGACAAGGACAUAAACUUUUAUUGGACGCCCAGGCUAGAUGUGAGUUUCAAAACAUCCAAAAAAAUCCGAGUGCAUUGUGCAAGAUCGAGCAAUUUUUGAAUGCACUGUGCAGAUGUGAUAAAAGUGGAAUUUCCCGGAGCGCAAUGCGCAGAAUUUCUUAAAAUUUUGCAGACGCUCCUCUCUAUGCACCACUAAUAAAUCGCUGAAAUUUUGAGUGGAUGCUUUGCAACGCCAGUUGUGAUAUUCACCGAUCUUCAGAGACUAUGGCAAAUUACAGUGACGGACCUGAUCCAGUGGCAAAAAACGUACCAUUUUGCAUCACGGAAGUAUUAAAAAAUGUAGCAAAAUGCCUCCCUCUCCACGUGAAAAAACUCCGUUUUAAGGGUGCCUUCAAAUUUCCCUCACAAAAACGGCGGGCGCGUUUUUGAAAUCGGAGUUUUUUAACUUGGAGAGGGAGGUAUUUUGCUACAUUUUUUGAUACUUCCCGGAUGCAAAAUGGUAUGUUUUUUGCCACUGGAUCAGGCCCGUCAUAGUAAUUUCCUAUAGUCUCUGAAGAUCGGUGAAUAUCACAACUGGCGUUGCAAAGCAUCCACUCAAAAUUUCAGCGAUUUAUUAGUGGUGCAUAGAGAGGAGCGUCCGCAAAGUUUUAAGAAAUUCUGCGCAUUGCGCUCCGAGGAAUUCCCGGAUGCAAAAUGGCGCGUUUUUUUCGCACCGGAUCAGGUCCGCCACUGUCGGAGACGGACAGAGAAAAAUUAUUUUUCUACUGAAUUUUACACAAUAAAAAUAGAGUUCUUGUAUAUCGUAGUCUAAAAAACAGACAACGACUUUUUUCAAGCACUCUGAAUUUUAAUUUUGCAGGAGCACACCACCAUCAUGAAAGACGGUGAUUUUCAAUAUGUUGGGUUCAAUUUCGAAGCUUUCGAGCCCAUGUUUUAUCAUUCCACUUACACUCCCGCUGUCAUGUACCCUAAUUUUGCAUUUGCUUUCCCUACAGCGGCUUGUAAGUCGACUUUAUUAUGCCUAGUAUAGUAUAAUUUUUAGUGAAAAUUCUGAUUUCAACAGUAAUAAAAUAGUGAAAUCUGGCCGAGAUAGAAUUUCCAGCCAAGAUUUACCUUAUCUUACGCGAUUUUAUACCUUUUUUCGUCAAAUUUUGUCAUGUGCAAUAUUGAAAUUCUCUCAAAACUAUGAAAUUUUCAGUGAAUCAGAUUCUAUUCGCGGCCUAUGCAAAGUGGAACGCCAAUUUCACACGUCGAAAACACUUUUCCGGCAAGAAUAUCGGCGAAAUGUCCCAAGAUCAGCUAUUUUAUGUCGCUCUGGCUCAGCUGAUCCGACUACAAGGACAAAAACACUUUGCAGAUAUCAAGGAUGACAUUUUUAUCAAGAUUCAAUGCCAAUACCAGUUCUUGAAUGCGUUCAAAUGCACCGAAAAAUAUGACUCCCGGCCAAGUACAAGAUGUGAAUUAUUGAACGAAAACUUCUUCCCCAACUACAAUCUGUCGUUCUAUGGGAAUCUACGUGGUGUGGAGACAUUGUUUCCACCAUAA